AUGAAGUAAUGUAUUGAAAUCAUUAUAGUUAUCUUUGCAAUUAUUACUUAUUCUUAGGCUUAGCCAGUAGAUGAGGGUUUAUAUUGCCAGUCGAAUGGUGAUUGCAAGACAUCCUGCUGUUAUAAUCUUAAAUGUAGAUCCAAGAAUACUUGCUCUGUUUACGAGUUGAUUAAACAAAAAGAGCAAGUGCAAUCAUGCGUGAUAGAUGAUUAAUGCUCAGGAGAGAAAGGGUGUUGUAUCAAUAAGAAAUGUGUAGAAAAUAGUGAAUGCUUCAGAGUCUACACAUUGCCACUGCUAAUUGGUUUCAGUGGGGGAGUCAUUAUAUUCCUAAUUAUCUUUGGCGUAAUAUACAUUCAUACUGAAAUGAAGAAACCAAAGAAUAUAUUCAGACAGGAAGCUGAGGCUGAGGAUAAAUUAAUUAAAAAAUAAUUCCCAAGGCCUUUAGAUAGAAAAAAUGCUUUAGAAUAAUCAGAUUAAAAAUAGCUAAAUGAUUAAGACGAUAAAUCUUUAGAUAUUUCAUAGCUUGAUGAUAAUAAAAACAAGACAGAAUUAAUAGGCUUUGAAAAUUCAUAAGAAAUUGAUGUUUAAGUGUCACCCAAAGGUAAGAAGGGGAAGAAAAGCAAAAAGAAAAAUGACAAUCUUGAUGAUUAUUUAGGCAAUCCAAAUUCUACAAAAAAUAAGAAGUCAUCAAAUGUAUUUCAUGCAGAUAACCAUUCAAAUGAUGGGGAAAAUCAGAAAUAAAAGAAAAAUAAAAAGGGAAAUCACAAGAAGGCAGCAAGCAAAGACAAAAGCAAGCAAGAUGACUUUGAUAGUUUCCGAGGUUAAAAUUAGGAUUUCAUUGAUGAUCCUCAUGCUUUCAUUCCUAUUGAUAAAGACCGUGAAGAUGCUAAAGAAAACAAGAUUAUUGAAGCUUAACCUGAUGCUAAUCCUCCUGAUAAUAAUCAGAAUAAUAAUAAUGAUGCCUUAUAAGUUAAGAAUGAUAGUGUAAAAAGUAGGUCAUUUAAUGAAGCCCAAGGAUAUAAGGAUGUAUUUCUAUGA